AUGUGCGGCCGCGUGCUCCAGCUCGUCCUGCUAGCGCUGAUCCUCUGCCAGACGCCGGGGGGACAGACCGCCCCCGUGCCGGCGGGCGGAGGCCCUGUGCUGUCCAAGAUGUACCCGCGCGGCAACCACUGGGCAGUGGGGCAUUUAAUGGGGAAAAAGAGCACAGGAGAGUCCCUGUAUGUUGAUGAAGGAGGGAACCGGAAGCAACAGCUGAGGGAACAUCUGAAGUGGGAAGAAGCAGCCAGGAACUUGCUGGGCCUCAUAGAAGCCAAGGGGAACAGAAGCCGUCAGCUACCUCCUCGCAAGCCCCUGGGCCGUCACCAGCCUACCUGGGAGUCAGAGGACAGCAGCAACUUUAAAGACGUAGGUUCCAAACCUGAAGUUGGUGGACUUCCUGCUCCAAGUGUUCAGCGUGAAGGAAAACACCUACAGCUAAAUGGGUAA